UGGCUUGGAGAACCCUGGAGGGAAGGCUUCAUGGCGGGCCUGCUCAGCCUGGGCUUCCUUUUGGGCAGGCCGGUUAGCAGUCAACUUCUACUUAUUUCUUCUACUACUGCAGCUGCAGUGAGGUUUGCAUCAAAGAAAAGUGGAGGCAGCUCGAAGAACCGUGGUGGGAAAAGUCCUGGAAAACAUUAUGGCGUUAAAAAACUGGAAGGCAACUUUGUUCACUCAGGCAACAUACUGGCAACUCAGCGAGUGAUGCGUUGGCACCCAGGGGCUCAUGUAGGGAUGGGCCGCAACAAGUGGCUGUUUGCGCUAGAAGAUGGGAUUGUGCACUACACCAAGGAAGUUUAUGUGCCACGUCCCCGAAGCAAGGAGAGCAAGGAGGUGAUCCCUCAGCUACCCAAAGGAGCCGUGCUGUAUAAAACUUUUAUCAACGUGGUCCCCACUGUUGAGGUUGGGAGCUUCAAGUUGGUCAACAUGCUCUGACACUCACAGCCAAGGAUACUCGGAUGGACCUGCGCCCCACUGAAGAUGAUUCUGCAAGGCUGCAUUCGUGAACAAGUGGCUCUUGUUCGGCUCUAGUGACCACUGGUUGGCUGAAGCUAGAGAACGAGGCAACAUUUCAGCAAUGUAUUCAUGUAGUAAUAAAUUAGCAUAUAUUCUGGAGGUCACUGUUGCACUGUCAGCGAAAUAAACCAUGUCAACACAAGUUUUCAGAACCAUAAGG